AUGGCCGACGAGACGAAGGCGCAGCCGAAUGGCGCUUUGACGGUUCAAAGUGCCAGGACAUCACUACUCUCAAAAGAAGAACAAGCAAAACGGCGUCGGCAAAAACUAGCCAACCGGGACUAUGGCCGGGGCAAGGGCGUCGACGUGCGCGGUGUCCGCGACAAGAAGUUGCGCACCAACAUGAAGAAGCAAGAGGAGAAAUACCAGAACGCCAUUUCAAAAGCUAAAGAUGCCGAGAUCUUAUUGGAAAACGCACCAGGCUUUCUCGAGCCAGAACACGAACUCGAGCGGACGUACAGGGUGCGCCAGGACGAAAUCACAAGCGAGACGGCCGUGGGAACGGCGCAAAAGCGAUUCGACUUGAAACUCGACGAUCUUGGACCGUACCACUGUGAAUAUACGAGAAACGGCAAGGAGCUGCUUCUGGCGGGUCGCAAAGGCCAUGUUGCGACAAUGGACUUCCGCGAAGGGAAACUGGGGUGUGAGCUCCAAUUGGGAGAGACGAUCAGAGACAUACGGUGGCUUCACAACAACCAAUAUUUCGCUGUCGCGCAAAAGAAAUACGUCUACAUCUAUGACAGGAAUGGCGUCGAGCUGCACUGCCUGAAGAAACACGUCGAGGUCUCACACAUGGAGUUCCUGCCAUAUCAUAUGCUCCUCGCUACCCUGGGAAUGUCGAGCAAUUUGAAAUACCAGGACGUUUCGACCGGACAGCUGGUAUCCGAGAUCCACACUAAGGGCGGCGCCCCUUGCUCCUUUACACAAAACCCAUGGAACGCGAUAUGUCACAUCGGCCACCAGAACGGCACAGUCUCAUUAUGGUCUCCAAAUUCCUCAGAAGCACUCGUCAAACUCCUCGCGCACAAAGGCCCAGUCCGCGCACUAGCGGUCGACCGAGAAGGACGGUACAUGGUCUCAACGGGGCAGGAUCUGAAGAUGGCAGUUUGGGACAUACGGAUGUUCAAGGAGGUCAACUCUUACUUCACAAGAACUCCUGCAUCCUCCGUUGCGAUAUCAGAUUCCGGAUUAACCGCAGUGGGCUGGGGCACGAGCGCGACGAUAUGGAAGGGCCUCUUCUCCAAACACCAAUCUGUCCAAGAAAAGGUGCAAAGCCCAUAUCUCACGUGGGGCAAAGAGGGCAAGGCGGUGGAGCGGGUGCGGUGGUGUCCCUUUGAAGAUGUGCUCGGCAUCGGUCACGACCAGGGCUUCUCAUCGAUCCUGGUGCCCGGCGCUGGCGAGGCCAACUUCGACGCGCUCGAGGUCAACCCGUAUGAAACGGCCAAGCAGCGACAAGAGGCUGAGGUGAAGCAGCUGCUCAACAAGCUGCCACCAGAGAUGAUCGCGCUGGACCCCAACUUCAUCGGCAACCUGGACCUGCGGUCGGAGAAGCAGCGGCAGGCCGAGAAGGACCUCGACGCACCCGCCAUGAACGUCGAGGAGGAGAUCAGGAACAAGGCGCGCGGGCGCAACGGCGCGCUCAAGAAGUACAUCCGCAAGCAGAGGAAGCGCAACAUCAUCGACGAGAAGAGGAUGCGCGCGGACGAGAUCUGGGAGGAGCUGCAGAACAAGAACAAGGCCCAGCACGAGCAGCAGAAGGAGGAGCUGGGGCCGGCACUGGGGCGGUUCGCGAGGAAGGAGAAAUGA